AUGGCGCCGAUUCCGAAGACUGUGGGGCGGAUCAACCUAGACUGUCCUUUGAGGCCCGGCUGCCCGCAAGGGGUCGCUGCUGUCUCCAAACUCUGCAAGGAAUUCGGUCCUGAGGACUACCGCGAAGAGGACAUAGUGGAUUUUCUUCCAAGGCUUGUGGAGAGUGAUCCCCAAGGCCUGCACCGGAUCCAUGUGGAUGGGAGCAGCGGGCGGCUGCAGCUGUGGCACCAUGAUUACCUCCUGAACCAUUUCUGUGAUGAGGAGAAAACACCUAAACAGAGUGGCAGGGACAGAGGGGCUGAAGGACUGGGCACCUACUGUGGUCUCCGAAAGUCCUUUCUGUCCUCUACCCAGGAGUCUAGGUCCUGCCCUCAAAGCCCCUCUACCUCUGUAUCCUUCCCCAGUGACUCAGACAGCCUGCUUCAGGUAGCCAUGCCCCAGAAGCUCCUAGCAACUGAAGAGGAAGCUAACCGCCUGGCUGAGGAGCUGGUGGCUGAGGAGGAGCGUAUAAAACAGAAAGCAGAGAAGAAGCGACUGAAGAAGAAGCGUCAAAAGGAAAGAAAGCUGCAGGAACGCGUGGAGCAGGACAGUGGGGAAGCCAAUGCUGAGAUGACCCCCAGUGGGGAUGAGAGCCCCCCAUCCAGCCCCAGGAACCCAACUCAGGAACAGUGUGGUGAGGAAGAGGACUCACUGGAUCUAUCUAGCACUUUUGUGUCUCUGGCUUUGCGCAAGGUUGGGGAUUGGCCCCCCAAUGCCCAAAGAGACAAAGGACUGGGCCAGGAGCCCCAAGGCAGGAAACAGGGUACCCAGGAGAAGAGGGCCCAAGAUGAAAGGAGACCUCCAAAAGAAGAGAGCCCCAAGCAGAGUCCUAAGGCUGAGGUAUCAUCUCCAGGACUGCUGGCAGCAGCCUUACAGCAGAGCCAAGAGCUGGCAAAGUUGGGUACCAGCUUUGCCCAAAAUGGUUUCUACCAUGAGGCCGUGGGCCUCUUCACCCAGGCCUUGAAGCUCAAUCCUCGUGAUCACCGGUUAUUUGGAAACCGCUCCUUCUGCCAUGAACGUCUUGGUCAGCUGGUGUGGGCCCUGGCAGAUGCUCAGGUAGCCCUUACCCUUCGUCCUGGCUGGCCCCGGGGCCUCUUCCGCCUGGGCAAGGCCCUGAUGGGACUAAAGCACUUUGAGGAGGCAGCUGCUGUAUUCCAGGAGACUCUCAGAGGUGGGUCCCAGCCGGACGCAGCUCGGGAGCUCCACUCUUGCCUUCUCCAACUCUCCCUGCAGAAUCAGCGAAGAAGAGUCUGUGUACCACCUCUAUCAACUGGGUUGCCUCAGCCACUUCCCCAUGCUGAGCGAGGGGCUCCAGGCCUGCUCUCCCUUAGUUCCCCUCAAAUCAUUGUUCCCAAGGCCCCUGGCCUUCUUUCUCCAUCCUUGCAUUAUCCCCCAUGUCGCCUCAAUUGCCCCCUCCCCCAGGCUCCCGUGUUCUCUCCAUACCCAUGA